UAGGAUACUAGUAGUAGCAGAUAGAACUUGGGAAGGCCACCACCCCCUCUUCUCUCGAGCUCGUCCCGAUUCCAUUUCUUCUUCUAUGGCGCCCAACCCGCUCCUCCUCUCCAGUAAAACCCUGAACCCUAGCUUCUUUCCCUUCUCCACCAAAGCCCUGAACCCCCGCAAGCCCUCUCCCAUCACCUGCCGGACCUCCUCCUCCUCCGCCUCUCCCCCUCCCCCACAGCUCCCCGUAGAGCCCGAGGGCAGCGGCGCCGCCGCCCCCACCCGCGGCGACCGCUUCCUCGACCGCCACAACUCCAUGUCCGCAGCUGCCCUCGUCAUCAAGAAGAAGGACGGGACAAAGCAUAAGAAGAAGAAGCCCGAGGCAAGGGCCUCCUCCGCCGUCGCUUGCUGCUACGGCUGCGGCGCUCCCUUGCAGACCACCGAAGUCGAUGCCCCGGGAUACGUUGAUUCCGACACCUACGAAUUAAAGAAGAGGCAUCGCCAGCUUAGAACUAUCCUUUGUGGGAGGUGUAGGUUGUUGUCGCAUGGUCAAAUGGUAACUGCCGUUUGUGGACAUGGUGGAUAUCCUGGGGGUAAACAGUUUGUGUCAGCAGAGGAACUUCGAGAAAAAUUGUCCCACUUACGCCAUGAGAAAGUGCUAAUAGUUAAGCUAGUUGAUAUUAUUGACUUCAAUGGUAGUUUUUUGGCACGCAUACGUGAUCUUGCAGGUGCUAAUCCAAUUAUACUGGUCAUAACUAAGAUCGAUCUCCUUCCUAAAGGUACAGACCUAAAUUGUAUUGGUGAUUGGGUUGUCGAGGCCACCACAAAGAAGAAGCUGAA